UGCAACUCAAAGGCGCAGGGUAUUGUGGCUUUCAAUUUUAAAGAAAACUGUAAAGACAGGAGGGCUUUUUGAGUGUGUGUGUUGGUGGGAGUGGUGAUACAGCAGCCUAUAUAGCUAACAGGAGUUCCCUGCAUCUCCACAUCAACCAUGUGUCUGCUGUAUCUGCUGGUCCUAGUCCAGCUCCUUGCCACCUCUGGGGCAUCUCAGAGUGGUAUAGUAGGAGGUCAUGAAGCUAAGCCACACUCCAGACCCUACAUGGUGUCCCUCCAGCACAACGGAGCACACUGCUGUGGGGGAAUGCUGAUCCGGGAGGAUUUUGUCCUGACUUCCGGACACUGUUUAGAGUCUCGCAAAUUAACGGUCGUUCUUGGUGCACACAAUCUAUCCAAGCCUGAGAAGACUCAGCAGAAGAUAGAGGUGGCCCGUUACGAACGCCAUCCUUUACAUCUGAGAUAUAAUCAGCCUGAAUAUGAUGUCAUGCUACUAAAGCUUAAGACAAAAGCCAAACUGAAUAAGUUUGUGAAGGUCAUUGGUCUCCCUAAGAAGAAUGGGGAAACUCCAGCAAACGUGAAGUGCUCUGUAGCUGGCUGGGGCAUGGUGAAAUCCAAGUCAUAUGCAUCAGAUGUUCUGAUGCAGACCACCGUCAAGACUGGGAGUAACUCUGAUUGCAAGCGGGUGUGGCAGAAGCACUUCAAACCUUCACAAAUGAUGUGUACUCUCACUGACGCAGGAAAAGGAUUUUGCCAGGGAGACUCAGGAGGGCCACUGGUUUGCAACUCAAAGGCGCAGGGUAUUGUGGCUUUCAAUUUUAAAGAAAACUGUAAAGACAGGAGUUAUCCACAUGUGUACAUGAAAAUCAAUUUCUUCAUGCCCUGGAUUAAAGAGAAGCUGAAUGAAUAGGUGUUUUUAUACUUGAUGGAAUAAUUCAUUUGUUAAAUCUUUGUUCGUAUAAAGGUAUUAUCAACAAAUAGCAAUACAUUUUUGUCUGCUAUUACUUGUUGUAUUUGAUCACAAUAAAUGUUUAGCUCCAGUUAUCAAUAAGGGAUUAAGGAAUCGAAA